AUGACAAGAGAUAUAGAAUGUGGUGACCAAACAUAUGGAGAAAAAAUUUCCUAUGUGGCCAUUAGCCCGGAUGGUUCGAUGGUAGCAACGUUUAAUCCAUAUAGCUCUUCUAUAUUGAUCACGAAAGUAGUGACAAGUGAAACAGUGACAAAAAUACAAUUCGAUAGAAAAAAAUUUUUUGAUAAGGUUUCACCCAAUAUUCUUGGAUGGUCUUUAGCAGUUUCGGAUAUCAUUGACGCUGAAAAUAAUAUUGGCUUGAUUGCAAUUUCUUGUAUGACUGAUGAAGACAUGAAUCCAAAACUUAAAAUUCUGCUUAGAAAACUAAAUCGACGUAUAAAAAAAUUAUUUUUCUAUUCUCUUGCUAUCAGUCUCCUUUUAGUUCUCACUUUUUGGUUUCUUCCUUUACCCUUGGGUGUUCUCUUUUGCUGCGUUUCCGCGUAUUAUUGUUUCUGUUAUGUCAGAUAUGUUACUGAUAUUCGACAACUAACUUGGAAUUCUAGCAAAGGAAUGAUAAAGCUUUUCAAAUUUUCAUUUAACAAUAUCAACAAUAAUGCUGCUAAUAAUGUUAUGACUAAUAGUUAUAUUGCUUCAAUAUAUAAGUAUUGUCUUGGUGGAGUUGUUAGCUUUUUAAAAAAUUCUAAUAAUUCUUCAAAUUAUGCAACACUUGUCUGCAUGAAUUGUAUAAAAAUUCAAACCAUAGAUAUUAAAUUAAAUAAAUUAAAUAUAAAUAUUAUUACACGUGAAGAAAGUGACUGUAUAUUACCCGGGAAUUUAUAUAAAGAAUUAGAAAGCAUCAAUGAUGCAAAACAUAAUUGGAUAUAUCUUUUAAAAUCUAGUAGAUACCAAGAAUUUUUAAUGGUUGUAACAAAUGAAUAUCAACAAACACAAAAUAUUGAAAUAUAUAAUGUUAAUACUUCACAGUUAGUGAAUGUUUACCACAGACUUUAUGGUGAUGAAGACUUUUUAGUUUCAAAUAAUAGUAAACCUGGAAUUUUUGCAAUAUCAACUGAUUCAAGAUUAUUUGCUUAUUCUUAUGGAAAUAAUAUUAUUACAAUUUAUUUAAUGGAAAGUGGCCUUGAAGUCGUUUCAAAAAAAUUUAACAAUAUCCAUAAAAUUAAAUUUUUAGAAUUUAUUGUUAAAGAUAGAAAACUAUUCAUUAUUGAAGAAGAUAAAGAAAAUGAUGUGAAAUUUCAUAUUUGGCUUAUAUCAGGAUGUCUAAAUGAUUAUUUUCCUAUUUCUAGAGAUGAUCUUAAUUUAUCAGAUAAUGAUAUUUCUACUUUAUUAAAAUAUGAUGGUUACUAUCAUAUUUUAACAAAAGCAAAUGGAAAAAUAGUUACUCUUAAGAAAGAUAAUGAGGAUCAAUUUAGAGUACUAUCGGACAUAUUUACAAAGUCGGUCAUCUUUAAAGAAAAUGACAGUGUGAUUGAUGAAUUUAAAUAUGAUUAUUCACAUGAUAAUUUAGAACCAUGGAAUAAUAGUGCAGGAUCUAUUCAAUCUAUUCGUGGUAAAUUUCUUAACAAUGAUAAGAGUUUACUUUAUUUAAUCGGCUGGAAAUCUAAGUCACAAACUUUUAAAGACUUUGAGGAUUUUAAGAGUUUUGAAAAUUCGAAUCUUGUUUAUAUUUUAAUAAGCGACAGCAUCAAACCACUCAAUAAAAUUUGGCCCAAUUUAUUAUUGGUUGAGAAAAAUAUUACUACCUCCCAGUUACAUGAAUUUAAAUGA